AAUAAACACUGUAUUCGUCUCUUCCGGUGUUGUUUGAGAGUUCACACUCACACGCCUCGGUCACAUGAAACGUCCCAUGAUAAUAUUUAUCUGCACCGAUCUGGCGAAAUAACGGGGUUUUAAAAAAAGAACAUAAUACAAAUUUUAAAAAAAAACACUGAGGCAAAGUGAAUAUCAAUCAUGCGAUACUACUAAUAAUAAUCAUUUUACAAAAAGAAACAGUAACAGCAGUGACUGAGUGAAUUGUUGCAGUGCAGCGGAAGACCCGUGCGCGCCGGACAGCUCUCUGUGAGCGUGUGAGAGCGGAGAUUCAUUCAGCGAGGGGCUGUCGACCCCCCCGGACCCCCAGCAUCAUGUCGACCGAGAGCUCCCCGCUUCUCAGUUACCGUCUCUUCAGCGUGACGGGGGAGCUGCCUGAGGGGGAGGGGCCCGGGGCGCAGGGGGAGGGGUCAGUGUGCAGCGUGGCCACGCCCCCAGAGCAGCGUCCCGGGCUCAACACUUUUUUCGGAGUUGUCGUGCCGACCGUCCUGUCCAUGUUCAGCAUCGUGGUCUUCAUGAGGAUCGGCUUCGUGAUUGGCCACGCUGGUUUCCUGCAGGCCUUGCUGAUGCUGGCGGUCGCUUACAUCAUCAUCACCUUGACGAUCCUCUCUGUGUGUGCCAUCUCCACCAAUGGGGCGGUGCAGGGGGGCGGAGCCUACUUCAUGAUCAGUCGAACCCUGGGCCCUGAAUUCGGAGGCAGUAUCGGCCUCAUGUUUUACCUGGCUAACGUCUGCGCUUGUGGCGUCUACAUCCUGGGACUCGUGGAAGCCAUCCUGGACGUGUUUGGAAAGAUAUCAGGGGCCCCGGGUCCCGCUGGGCUCCACGCUCUCCCACAGGGUUACUGGUUCAGCCUGCUGUACGCGACUGGGCUCCUGCUCCUGUGCUUGCUGGUGUGUCUGGUGGGGGCGGAGAUCUACUCCAAGGCCUCCUUCCUCAUCUUCCUGGUGGUGACCAUCGUCCUCCUCACCAUCUUGGUCAGCUUCUUCGCCGUGGGGCCGCAGCACUUUUCCAUCGCGCACCAGGACGGAGGCAACGUGACCUACAGCGGCAGCUUCACUGGGUUUAACGAGAGCACGCUGAGGGGCAACCUGUACGAGCAGUACUCCCGGGACUACACCACGAACACCAUGAUGAGCUUCACCACCGUCUUCGCCAUCCUGUUCAACGGCUGCACCGGGAUCAUGGCGGGCUCCAACAUGUCGGGAGAGCUCAGGGACCCCAGCGUGUCCAUCCCCAAAGGCACCAUCAUCGCCGUCGGCUACACCUUCUUCAUCUACCUGCUCCUCUUCUUCAUGGUCAGCUUCACCUGCGACAGGGUUCUGCUCCUGCAGGAUAACGGGUUUUUCCGUCGGAUCAACGUGUGGCCCCCCUUCGUGACGAUCGGGAUCUACUCCACCUCUCUCUCCGCCUCCAUGAGCUCCCUGAUCGGAGCGUCCCGGAUCCUGCACGCCCUGGCCAAGGACCAGCUGUUCGGUGUUCUCACGGCUCCAGCGAAGAUCACCUCGAAGUCAGGGAACCCCUGGGUGGCUGUGCUCUACACCUGGGCUCUCGUUCAGUUGGUCCUGUUUGCUGGGAAGUUGAACACCAUUGCUGGGAUCGUUACUGUGUUCUACCUCAUGGCCUAUGCGGCUAUCGAUCUCGCCUGCCUGGCGCUGGAGUGGGCAUCGGCCCCCAACUUCAGGCCCACGUUCCGGUUCUUCAGCUGGCACACCUGCGUCCUGGGGCUGGUCAGCUGCUUCGUCAUGAUGUUCCUGAUCAACGCUGUCUACACCUCGGCCAGCAUCGUGCUCAUGCUGCUGCUCCUCGUCUUCAUCCACUACCGAGCGCCCACCAGCAGCUGGGGCUACAUCAGCCAGGCCCUCAUCUUCCACCAGGUCAGGAAGUAUCUGCUGCUCCUCGAUGUUCGUAAGGAGCACGUCAAGUUCUGGAGACCCCAGAUCCUUCUGAUGGUCGCCAACCCUCGUGCCAGCUGCCAGCUCAUCAAGUUCAUCAACGACCUGAAGAAGGGAGGGCUGUACGUGCUGGGGCAUGUGGAGAUCGGGGACCUGGACACCGUGCCCUCGGACCCGAUUCAGCCACAGUAUAACUUCUGGCUCAGCCUGGUGGACAGGCUCAAUGUGAAAGCCUUUGUGGACCUGACCCUGUCCGAGUCUGUGAGGCAGGGCGCCCAGCACCUCCUGCGCAUCACAGGGCUGGGCGGUAUGAAGCCCAACACUCUGGUCCUGGGUUUUUACGACAGCUGCACUCCUGAAGACUAUUUCCUGCAGGACCCUGCCUUCCGCGACGGGCUGGAGAACGACCACUUCGGGGUGGACAACAGCGCCCUGCAGGCCCACUUCCCUCCCGUGCGCGACCGCGAGGGCAGCAAGGCGAUGGGGCCCUCGGAGUACGUGUCCCUCGUCUCGGACGCCCUGAAAAUGGGCAAGAACGUCUGCCUGGGGCGGUACUUCCACCUCCUGGAGAAGGGGGCGCUGUUCGGGAAGGGGCAGGGCCAGGGCCAGGGGGUGGCCCUAGACGUGUGGCCCUUGAACCUCCUGAGGCCCGACAGCGCCAGCUACGUGGACGUCUGCAGCCUCUUCCUGCUCCAGAUGGCGUGCAUCCUCAACAUGGUUCCCUCCUGGCGGGCCUCCCGGCUCCGGAUCUUCCUGUGUGUGGAAUCAGGAGACGACGGCUGGGUCAGGAAAGAGGUGAAGCUCCGGGAGCUGCUGGGAAAACUACGGAUCAAAGCCGCCAUCAAAAUCGUGGCUUGGGACGCCGUGGCAGCCCUGCACUGGCACAACCAGCCCAGGGCUGCCACGCCUGGCCACGCCGGAGGAGAAGCCGAGCGGACCCUCGCCGACGCCCCCGCGGCUGCCAGCGCCACCCAUCUGGGCCGGGUCUCGGAGGAGUACCUGGAUGCAGUUAACCAGCUGGUCAGAAGUCAGGCCCUCCACACGGCCGUCAGCUUCCUGUACCUGCCCAGGCCCCCGGCCGACACGGCCCAGUACGAGAGGUACUUGGAGCAGCUGGACAGGGUGACCCGGGACCUGGGUCCGAGCCUGCUGAUCCACGGGCUCACCCCAGUGACCUGUACCGAGCUGUGACCCCCCUCGCGGGCUUGCUCGAAAGAACGGCUGGUUGAUUCGACUGGGAAGAGACUGGCAGUGCGCAAAUCUAUCAGAACCCCCUCCAGAGGCGUCACUCAUUUCCUGUCUGUACCUGCCUGCAUGAAAACCUGAGCGACUCGCAGAGGCGUGUUCUGAGAACACGGAGACAGUUCUGAGGUUCUGAGUUCCGGUUCUAAAAGGCUGCAUUGUCUACCAGGUCCAGUCUGGGUAUGGACAGCAGUGUGCAAAUCUAGCACAACAAAUUGAAAACUACAGAAGCGAGGGGGUGUUCUCAUACACGUGCGCACGGCUGUGCAAAUACAAGCUGGGGUUCAUUAAACUCUGGGCAGCUGUGCUUUCUGGGCAGCUCUGCUUUUUGGAUAUGUGUGAAGAAAAAAAUGCUAUAAAAUAUUAUGCCAGGGAAACUUUUUUUUUUUUUUCCAGAAUAGAGAAAGUAUGAAUCGUAUUAUAUAAUAAUUGCUAUAUAAUAUUCAGAUGCAUUCUGUGCGCUUUGACGUAGAUAUUAAUUAUACAAAGUCUAAAGAAAACUGCAGAUUCUACAAGAUUACAGCUGGCGGGCUAAAACCGCCAAAAUAUUAUUAUUAUUAUUAUUAUUAUUAUUAUUAUUAUUAUUAUUAUUAUUAUUAUUUAAUAGUUUGAUAUAGUCGUGUUUUAAGGCAGUUAUACAAAAAACUGACUCUGUGUGAAGUCAGACAGGAUUGUGGACAGCAGAUGGAAUCAAACUGGGAGCGAUUCUGGGAACGAGACCAGAUUGAGUUUUAUAGACGGGUGUAGAUGGAAAUGUAGCUGUUAGGCCGCGGCCCUGUGAUGAUCCCACACCCGAUUGACAGUGUUGUGGCGGGUGUUCGUGUGGAGUGGAUUCAGCACAACGCCGUAGGAGAGUCGGUGUACAAAAUAGACCUUUGAUGACUCCAAGAAUCAACCGUCACCUCAAUUACAGAUUCAAUAUGAAUAAGCUGCUUAUGAAUGUCAUCAGCUGCUGCUGCUGCUGCUGCAGAGUCACUUCUAAUAGGAGCUCGUUUGUUUGACGUCUCAUCCGAAGGACGGAGCACAAGGAGGUGAAGUGAGUUGCUCAGGGUCACGCACAUUGGUGUUAAUAUUAUUAUUAAUAUACUUAUUGAUGAUGAUUAUUAUUAUUAUUAUUAGGAGGCUGUGUGGUCCAGUGGUUAAAGAAAAGGGCUUGUAACCAGGAGGUCUCCGGUUCAAAUCCCACCUUAGCCACUGACUCAUUGUGUGACCCUGAGCAAGUCACUUAACCUCCUUGUGCUCUGUCUUUCCGGUGAGACGUAAUUGUAAGUGACUCUGCAGCUGAUGCAUGGUUCACACACCCUAGUCUCUGUAAGUCGCCUUGGAUAAAGGCGUCUGCUAAAUAAAUAAUAAUUAUUAAUAUACUUAUUAUUAUUAUUAUUAUUAUUAUUAUUAUUAUUAAUAUAUGUGUUAUUAUUGUUGUUAUUAUUAUUAACAUACUUAUUAUUGUUAUUAUUAUUAUUAUUAUUAAGCCUAAGAAUGUGUCUGGUGUGACAUGCCUUGACUUUGUAAGCAGAAUUGUAUUUUUCUAACUGCAGGAGAAUUCAACAUGUUUGAUCAUGAACACUUUCUCUUUGUCUCAAACAAGUGUCGUAAUAAAAAGCAAUUUAAAAAAAUUGGAAAAACUAAAAUCAAUAAAAGACUUUAAAAGCAUUUUGUAUUGAUUAUUUUAUUUAUGUAUCUUGGUGUUUGUUUUAUUGAAUUGGGAAUACAAUCGAAUGUCUAUUAAACCUCUCUAAUGCGUGAAAUAUUGAAAAAAAAAAAUGAGUUUUGAACACAUAAUAAAUGUAUUUAAUUUGAAUUUUGUUUUUCUUUUUUUUCCCCCCAUUGCUUUAUCUGGGGGGGGGCACCUGGGUCACGUGAUCGUGCAUUUACAUCUUCCACAUGUCCUUUAUAUAGAUAUAUAAAGUGUGAAUGACGGUAUGCAUGACGUCAUC